AUGACAAUACUGGAAGACAGUUCUCAAAUCUUGGAAAAUAGUCACCCUAAUUUUAUGCUGCCCUCGACAUCGAUGCCACUGUCCUCGAUUGUAAACGGUAAUAGCGACGAUAAUGAAUUGGUAGUAACAAGUCGCGGAUUAGGUGCUGAUCCUGUUUCGUAUUUAGAGAAGUUUAAUAAGGAUGAAUCAGCAGUCAAUUCAGCAAUGAUAACUUUGGAUUCUAUAUUUAAUAAAUUAAAAGUCGAUGAUCCAAAGGAAGCAGAUACCACAUCAGUAUAUUUAGAGACUUUCCUGUUCUCUUUACUUCGUGAAGUUUCAAUUGAAGAAUUUCAAAAUUUUAGUAAUCAUAUUAAUAAUAAAGUAUUAGAAUUGAUUAAUAGUAAUAAAGCUAAUGAAAAGAUCGCAGGGAUUUUGACCAUAGAUAAAUUAGUAAGUCUCUAUACUCAGAUAGAAGAACUUCCCAACCAAACAUUACGUCUUACAAAUUAUUUAAGAUUGCUUAUACCGUCUGAUGAAGAAAGUGUUAUGAGGUUAGCUGCUGAUACAUUAGGUAAAUUAACUAGCCCUAGUGGUACACUUUCAUCAGAUUUUGUUGAAACUCAAGUUAAAAUAUGUUUAGAUUGGUUAACUAAUAUCCCUGAGCAAACAUCUUUUAAAUCAAAACAAGAAAAUAAAAAAAUUGCAGCCAUUUUAGUACUUUCAUCUUUAUCGAAGCAUUGUCCUUAUAUCAUAUAUCCUUAUGUUACUAAUAUUCUUAAAAGUGUUCGAAAAACUUUAAACGAUCAUAAGGCUUCCUUACGAAAGGAUACAGCACUAUUAAUUCAGUACUGUUUGAAAAUAAUACAGAAGAGAGAUAGAACUCUUUUGGUCGAAUGGUAUCAAAAACUACUUGAUAUAUGUGCGACAGAGAUUAAUAUCGGUACAAAUGAGUCCAUUCAUUCAGCAAUGCUUAUAUACAAAGAGUUAUUGUCACUUGAUAAUAAUUUCCUGAUAGAUUCUUACGACGAAAUAUUUCAAACCAUAUGGAAUUUUAGAAACAAUAAACUAGAAUUUACAAGACAAGAAAUUUAUGAAAUUACUUCAAUGUUCGCUGCUUAUGAUCCUCAAUUGUUUUCAUCAAUUUAUCUUAAUCAAGUGAUUUUAGAUUAUCUAUCAAAGCUUCAAGAAAUCAAAACUACUAAAAAUUCGAUCUAUGAUGUUGAUAGACCUUAUAUUCUUAAAUCUAUUGGGGACAUAUCAGUAGAAGUAGAAUCAGAUAUAUAUCCAUAUGUUUUAUCUCUUAUUGACGUAUUUUCUGACGAGUUGAAAACUAAAUAUCAAGAAAGACAGAAAUAUGAAAAAGAGUUAUUCUAUGGUAUUGUUAAACUAACAGAAACUAUUGGUGAAAAUAUGGCACCACAUCUAAAUAAUGGGUUGUUAGAUUUAAUGCUGGCAUGUCCAUUGAGUACUUAUAUGAAAAAAACGUUAAAUACAAUAAUUGAGGCCAUACCAGGUCUGGAUUUCACAAUAAAUGCCAGAUUACUUAACCUGAUAUCACUUGCGCUAUCUGGGAAAGAUUUCAGAAUUCCAGGUUCUCCCACUCAGGAAGACAAAUUUUCUAAGAGGAAGGCCCGUACAUGGAGAGAUAAUAACGAAUACAAUCGAAAUGGUAGGGUCAACACGGAGAGUAAUGAUUGUAAUAUAGUAAUUCAAGCUUUGACUAUGCUUCAAUCUACUAAGAGUCAGUAUUCAUUAAUUGAAUUUGUUCAGAACUGUAUUAUCUACUAUAUUGAGCAUGACAACUACAAGGUUAGGGAACUGGCAUCUAUUACAUGCUGCGAUUUAUUGGUACAUGAUGGAAUCUGUAAGCAAAUGUCAGUUAAUGCUCUAAAUACUGUUUCAGAAAUUCUAUCUAAACUGCUCACAGUGGCUAUUACAGAUGUUGUUCCCAACAUAAGGUUAGAAAUAUUGAAACACCUUGAUCAGAAUACAGAUUUCCAAUUAGCACAGCCAGAAAAUAUACGACUACUUUUUACAGUUUUAAAUGACGAAAUAUUCUCAAUUCGUGUGCAAGUAAUUAAAAUACUUGGCAGACUAACUAGUGUAAAUCCUGCGUAUGUGAUACCCUCAUUAAGAAAAAUUUUAUUGGAGCUACUUACGGAAUUAAAAUAUUUGACGAUGGCAAGGAGAAAUGAAGAGAGUCUCACUCUUUUAUGUUCAUUGAUAAGUUCUACUAGAGGUACAUGUAAACCAUAUUUGGAGCCAAUAUUACAAAUUUUACUUGUAAAGGCAAAGGAUAAAUCAGGUGCUGUUUCCUCCAUAGCAUUAAAAGCAAUUGGUGAACUGGCAGUUGUCACAGGAGAAGAUAUUAAAGAUCAUCUGUCUGAAGUUGUACCAUUAAUUAUUGAAACAUUUCAGGAUCAAUCAAAUUCUUUCAAAAGGAAUGCAGCCUUGAAAUCAUUUUCUCAAAUUACGAGUGCGUCUGGUUAUGUAAUUGAUCCAUUACUUGAUUAUCCUACUUUAUUGAGUGUGUUAAUAAAUAUACUUAAAUCAGAUUCAACCCAAAAUGUAAAAAGAGAGACGGUACAUUUAAUGGGUGUUAUUGGCGCUCUGGAUCCUUAUAGACAUCAAGAAGCUGAAGAAACAUCAGACUCCCAUAUUACAUUAGAACAAAAUGCACCACCCAUCGACAUAUCUUUGCUGAUGCAGAAUAGUUUGCCAUCGUCUGAUGAUUACUUCCCAACUGUUGUAAUUACAACUCUACUGAAAAUUUUGAAGGAUAGUUCAUUAGUUGCCCAUCACACAGCAGUAAUACAGACUAUAAUACACAUAUAUCAGACAUUAGGAUUGGCUUGCAUUGGAUUUUUACCCCAUAUUGUACCUGCAUUCUUAUACGCUAUAGUAAAUUGUCAACAAUCACUUUUAGAUUAUUACUUUCAACAGUUAGGUGUUUUGAUAUCAAUCGUAAAGCAACAUAUUCGUCCUUAUUCAGAAGAUAUAUAUAGGGUGGUGCUAGAUUUUUUACCAAAUCCAAAAUUACAGUUUACUAUCAUUUCUGUUAUUGAAUCAUUCUGUACAGCGCUGGAAGGUGAUUUCAAAAUAUUUAUUCCAGAAACCUUGACUUGUUUCUUGAAUAUAUUGGAGACUGACAAAUCCCAAAAAAGGAGGGUUUCAAAGAAGAUUUUACAGUGCCUAAUCACGUUUGGACCUACACUGGAAGAUAAUUUUUACCUGAUUUUGCCAACUCUUAUUAGAACUUCUGAAUUUUCUUCUUCAGAUUUAAAAAAAGAAGCUAUUGUUACCAUCGGACAAUUAUCUAGACAUAUUGAACUAUCUGAUAUAUCUACGAGAUUGGUACAAACCUCAUUACGUCUAUUGAAUUCUAGAGACCCAGUCAUCAUUGAAGCAACUAUGAACAUGCUUUGUCUGUUAUUAUUGCAAAUGCGAACUGGGUUUAUGGUAUAUGUACCUAGUAUCAACCAAGUUCUCGUGAAAAAUACUAUUAUUCAUAAAACGUAUGACCAAUUAGUAGAUAAAUUAAUGGGCAAAGAAGAUUUCCCCAAAACAUUAAUCUGGAAUAGUGAUACUCCUCAAGAACUUCAAAUUAGUAACGCUAAACCACCCCCACCAGAAAAAUUACCUAUUAACCAAGAAGUUUUAAAAGCUACAUGGGAUUGUAGCCAGCAACGAACAAAGGAAGAUUGGCAGGAAUGGAUAAGGAGAUUGGCAAUUCAAUUACUCAAAGAGUCACCUUCCCAUGCGUUGAGGGCCUGUGCCGGUUUGGCAAGUGUAUAUUAUCCUUUAGCUAGAGAUCUUUUCAAUGUAUCAUUUGUGAGUAUAUGGACAGAAUUAUAUACCCAAUAUCAGGAAGAUUUUAUAAAGUCAUUUUGUGUCGCACUAAGCUCACCCCAAAAUCCUCCCGAAAUUCAUCAGGCAUUACUAAAUUUAGUUGAAUUCAUGGAACAUGAUGAGAAAUCGUUACCUAUUCCCCUGCAGAUACUGGGAGAGUAUGCGGAACGGUCUCAUGCCUAUGCAAAGGCAUUGCACUUUAAAGAAGCGAAAUUCAUUCAGGAACCAAUUGACAAUUCUAUCGUAGAGUCUCUUAUUAGUAUCAAUAAUCAAUUACACCAGAAUGAUGCGGCUGUUGGUAUUCUGAAAUACGUCCAAAAACAUCAUAAUCUGCAGUUACAGGAAACUUGGUAUGAAAAGCUAGAACGUUGGGAGGAUGCGUUAGAUGCCUAUAAUAAUAAGUCUCUGCGAGGCGAGGAUACAGAGAGUAUUACUAUGGGUCAAAUGAGGUCAUAUCAUGCCUUGAGUGACUGGGAUAAUUUAUCAACCCUUGCUUCUAGCAAAUGGAAUAAUGCUAGUCAAAAUUUGAGAAAAAUGAUGGCACCAUUGGCUGCUGGGUCUGCAUGGGGCCUAGAACAAUGGGAUAAGAUUCAAACAUAUAUCAAUGCUAUGAAACCUAUGACCCCAGACAGGGAAUUUUUUAGUGCGGUUUUAUCUGUACACAAUAAUAAUUUUGAAGAGGCUGAAAGUCAUAUUUUCAAUGCCAGAGAUUUAUUAGUUACAGAAAUGUCUGCAUUGAUCAGUGAGAGUUACAACCGUGCAUACAAUGUAGUAGUUAGAAGUCAAUUGAUAACUGAAUUGGAAGAAAUAAUUACCUACAAAAAGUCUCCGCAAAAUUCUGAAAAGAGAGUUUUCUUAAAAAAUACUUGGAACAAGAGAUUGUUAGGUUGUCAGAGAAACGUAGAUGUAUGGCAGAGGGUAUUAAAAGUGAGAUCCCUUGUAAUCAAGCCAAAACAAGAUAUGCAAAUAUGGAUUAAGUUUGCUAAUCUCUGUAGAAAAAAUAAUAAAUUAAAUUUAGCAGAGAAAGCAUUAAAUUCUUUAUCAGAUGAGACAAUGGGUGCGCAAGUUAUUCCUUCCAAGGCUACACCAUCUGUCGUAUAUGCACAACUGAAAUAUUUGUGGGCAUGUGGAUCUAAACAGGAAGCUCUACGUUAUUUAAUUGGGUUUACAUCUCGGAUGGCUCAUGAUUUAGGCUUAGACCCAAGUAACAUGAUCGCACAAACAGUCAAUAAAAAUGCUACUGUUUCAAAUGUAUAUAUUGAGGAUUAUACAAAACUCCUAGCGAGAUGUUUCCUAAAACAAGGUGAAUGGAGAAUAGCGUUACAACCAAAUUGGAGAACUGAUAAUCCUGAUGCUAUUCUUGGUUCGUAUCUUUUAGCGACACACUUUGACGGUAAUUGGUAUAAAGCUUGGCACAACUGGGCCCUGGCAAAUUUCGAGGUUAUUUCUGCAAUAUCAGCUAAGAGAAAGGCAGCGGAACAAGCUUUAUUGAAUAGAAGGAGACGUACGGGUGACGAUGGUACCCAAGUUACAGAUAUCGACAGCACUAUAAUGAACUCUGAAGAAAUGCUACAACGCCAUGUGGUACCAGCAAUAAAAGGGUUUUUCCAUUCUAUCUCACUGUCAAGCUCUCUACAGGAUACUCUAAGGUUAUUAACCUUGUGGUUCACAUUUGGAGGUUCAGUAGAAGCUGCACAUGCUAUAAAUGAUGGAUUCUCCAUGAUCAAAAUAGAUAAUUGGUUAGAGGUUUUACCUCAAUUAAUAUCACGAAUUCAUCAGCCGGACCAGACUGUCAGUAAGUCUCUAUUAUCUUUGUUAUCCGAUUUGGGAAAGGCGCAUCCUCAAGUUCUUUUAAACCCAUUGAUUGUUGCUAUUAAAUCUGAAUCUGAAUCGAGAAGAUUAGCUGCUAUGUCAAUAAUUGAAAAAAUGAAAAUCCAUAGUCCUACUUUAGUAGACCAAGCCGAAUUAGUUAGUGAUGAACUAAUUAGGGUUGCAGUUUUAUGGCAUGAAUUGUGGUACGAGGGUCUUGAAGAUGCCAGUCGACAAUUUUUUGGUGAACAUAAUACCGAAAAGAUGUUUGCAACUUUGGAUCCUUUGCAUGAUCUUUUGAAACGUGACCCUGAGACACUACGGGAAGUAAGUUUCCAAAAUUCAUUUGGAAGAGAUUUGAACGAUGCUUAUGAAUGGGUCCUGAACUAUAAACGUACAAAAGAUAUUACUAAUCUUAAUCAAGCAUGGGAUAUUUAUUACAAUGUGUUUAGAAGAAUUAGUAGGCAAUUACCUCAACUACAGACACUAGAAUUACAACAUGUCUCACCUAAAUUGCAAGCAGCACGAAACCUUGAUAUUGCUGUUUUUGGUACAUAUGUUGUUGGUAAGCCAAUUGUGAGAAUUGUGUAUUUCGAUCCUGUAUUCGUUGUAAUUUCAUCGAAACAAAGACCUAGAAAAUUUUCUGUAAAGGGUAGCGAUGGUAGAUCAUACCAAUAUCUUCUAAAGGGCCACGAGGAUAUUAGACAAGAUAGUUUAGUCAUGCAAUUAUUUGGGCUGGUUAACACACUUUUAGAUAAUGACCCAGAAUGUUUCCAGAGACAUUUGGAUAUUCAACGAUACCCAGCCAUUCCAUUAUCGCCAAAAUCAGGUUUAUUGGGAUGGGUUCCCAAUAGCGAUACAUUUCAUGUUCUUAUUAGGGAGCAUCGUGACGCUAAUAAAGUUCCUUUGAAUAUUGAACAUUGGGUAAUGCUCCAAAUGGCUCCAGAUUAUGAUAACUUGACUUGGUUGGAAAAAAUUGAAGUAUUCCAGUAUGCUAUGGAAAACACAAAAGGUCAAGAUUUGGCGCAAGUGUUAUGGUUGAAGAGUAGAUCAUCCGAAUCAUGGCUUGAACGGAGAACAGUAUAUACAAGAUCUCUUUCCGUUAUGUCCAUGGUUGGAUAUAUUCUUGGUUUAGGUGAUCGUCAUCCAAGUAAUUUAAUGUUGGACAGAAUUACCGGUAAAGUUAUCCACAUCGAUUUUGGUGAUUGUUUUGAAGCAGCUAUUCUAAGAGAAAAAUUCCCAGAAAAAGUACCUUUUAGGUUAACAAGAAUGCUUGUAAAUGCAAUGGAAGUGAGUGGAAUAGAAGGAAGCUUUAGAAUUACAAGCGAAAACGUAAUGAGAGUCUUAAGAAAUAAUAAAGAGUCUCUGAUGGCCAUUUUGGAAGCUUUUGCUUUUGAUCCUUUGAUCCAUUGGGGGUUUGAUUUACCAACCGAUAAGAUUAGAGAAGAAACCGGCAUUCAAAUACCAACAACAAAUCCGAGUGAAUUGUUAAGAAAGGGUGCCAUCACAGCAUCAGACGCUGCUAAGAUGGAAAUUGAACAACAAACAGAAAUCAGGAAUGCUAGAGCUGUGUUAGUUCUUAGACGUAUAACAAAUAAACUAACUGGUAGUGAUAUCUUAAAGCAUCGUGAACUAGAUGUAGUGGAUCAGGUCGAUAAAUUAAUCAUGGAAGCUACUUCCAUUGAGAAUUUAUGUCAACAUUAUGUUGGUUGGUGUCCAUUUUGGUGA